UGCGUGUGAUUUGCGGGGUUCGACGGCAGGGAAGGACAACGACGUUUAAAGCCGCCUCCCAUUCCGUAUAAAACCUCCAUCUUCAGCGCCCCUCUUCCUCUUUCUGUUACCUGGCAAGGGGCAGCUGCAGCUUUGGUGAAAAACCUCAGACACCGUAAACCAAAAUGGGAAAGGAAAAGAUCCACAUCAACAUCGUGGUCAUUGGCCAUGUCGACUCCGGCAAGUCCACCUCCACCGGUCACUUGAUCUACAAGUGCGGAGGAAUCGACAAGAGAACCAUCGAGAAGUUCGAGAAGGAAGCCGCUGAGAUGGGCAAGGGUUCCUUCAAGUACGCCUGGGUGUUGGACAAACUGAAGGCCGAGCGUGAGCGUGGUAUCACCAUCGACAUCGCUCUGUGGAAGUUUGAGACCGCCAAGUACUACGUGACCAUCAUUGAUGCCCCUGGACACAGAGACUUCAUCAAGAACAUGAUCACUGGAACCUCUCAGGCCGACUGUGCCGUCCUGAUCGUUGCUGCCGGUACUGGUGAGUUCGAGGCUGGUAUCUCCAAGAACGGUCAGACCCGUGAGCACGCCCUGCUGGCCUUCACCCUGGGUGUGAAGCAGCUCAUUGUGGGAGUCAACAAGAUGGACUCCACUGAGCCCCCUUACAGCCAGAAGCGUUUUGAGGAAAUCACCAAGGAAGUCAGCACUUACAUCAAGAAGAUUGGUUACAAUCCUCCUGCUGUUGCCUUUGUGCCCAUCUCUGGUUGGCAUGGAGACAACAUGCUGGAGGCCAGUGAGAAGAUGAGCUGGUACAAGGGAUGGAAGAUUGAGCGCAAGGACGGCAAUGCCAAUGGAACCACCCUGCUGGAGGCUCUUGAUGCCAUCCUGCCUCCAUCCCGCCCCACCGACAAGCCCCUGCGUCUGCCCCUCCAGGAUGUCUACAAAAUUGGCGGUAUUGGAACUGUGCCCGUCGGCCGUGUUGAGACUGGCUUGCUGAAGCCCGGUAUGGUCGUCACCUUCGCUCCCCCCAACCUGACCACUGAGGUCAAGUCCGUGGAGAUGCACCACGAGUCCCUGACCGAGGCCGUGCCCGGUGACAACGUCGGCUUCAACAUCAAGAACGUGUCCGUCAAGGAAAUCCGUCGUGGAUACGUCGCUGGCGACAGCAAGAACGACCCACCCAAGGCUGCUGAUAACUUCAAUGCCCAGGUCAUCAUCCUGAACCACCCUGGACAGAUCAGUGCUGGUUACGCUCCCGUGCUGGAUUGCCACACUGCUCACAUUGCCUGCAAGUUCAGCGAGCUCAUUGAGAAGAUCGACCGUCGUUCUGGCAAGAAGCUUGAGGAUGCCCCCAAGUUUGUCAAGUCUGGAGACGCCGCCAUCGUCAAACUCAUCCCACUGAAGCCCAUGGUUGUGGAGCCCUUCUCCAACUACGCUCCCCUCGGUCGUUUUGCCGUGCGUGACAUGAGGCAGACUGUGGCCGUCGGCGUCAUCAAGAGCGUGGACACCAAGGAAGUCAGCGGAAAGACAACCAAGGCUGCAGAGAAGGCCUCAAAGAAGAAAUGAAUGCUCAUGAAGGACGUCCAGCAACAUGGAGUGUGUCUGCCCUGGCGGGCCACUCUUCCUCCCACAACUCCCCCCAACCCCAGAACAUCUUCUCUGAGGCAUAGCUCUCUACUUAAGGACUGGCUUAUGCUGAUUAAAACCCAUCGCAAAAGUUUUCGCAGGAAAAAAGAACAAUGUGGCAUUGUCACUCACCUGAAUCACAUGACAGUGCCUCUUCUCAGUUAAAGUUUAAGUUGGAGAAUGGUUUAGAACUGUAUGUUGAUCUUAAUGCCACAUUUGAUUGGAAAGUCAAAAAGCUGCUGGUAACUAAUAAAAAUAAAUGUCUUUGAAAAAAUUGA